AAAUUCACAAGUCGCAGUUCUACAAAUCUGCUAGCCAUCAACUCCUCUCCUCUCCAAAUCCUUGCCCAGUUCUUCACCAUCAACAGCAGCAAAAUGGCUCGCUUCGCCGUGGUCGCCGCGAUCAUCGCCCUCCUCGCCGUCACCGCCGCCGCACAGGGCCCCAUGCCGGCGCCCAGGAUGGCCCCGCUCCCCGCGCCGCCGGCGAGGUCCCCGGCCACCGCACCUGCGCCGGUCGCCACUCCGCCCACCGCCGCGUCGCCGUCGCCGAUGGCCUCGCCCAUGGAGACCCCGGCCGAAGCUCCCUCCGCGAUGACCCCCUCCGCGGUCUCCGCCACACCGGCCGGCGCCCCAGCCGACGCCCCCGCGAGCUCCGCCGUCUACACGUCCACCGUCAGCUUCGUCGCUGUCGCCGGCGCGGUUGCCGCUGCCAUCGUGUUCUAGAUGGAGCGGAGACUACACUUCUGUUUUCGUGCUGUUUAUACUAGUACGAGUAGUAUGAUUCUUUAUUUAUUAGAGACAGAUCGAGGAAAGGUUUGACACCGCAUCACGAUGUAAUCUUGCUACACAUGCAUGAGAUUAUGUUGAAUACAGAUUCUUUUAUUCGUUA